AUGAAGUUCGCCGCAACACUCUCCCUCGCUGGCCUUGCCGCCGCCGCCCCUCUCCAGGGAAGUCCAUUCCGCUUCGCUCCUGGAACUCCAGAGGGCCACCGCCCCGGGUCUUACGUCCCAGGUAGCAUCAUCAAGGGUCGUGCAAUUGGGCCCGGAACAGCCGCCGUGCUUGGUGGUGUUGUCAGCGGUGUCGUGGCUCCAGCUGUUACCCGCUGGGCCAACAAGGCACUUGGUCCAACCCGUAAACUCAAGCGUGACUGCGAGGACAGCGAUGUCGAGGGCGAGUUGGUCGUUGGAGACAACGUUACUUGGGACGAGGUCCGCGAGGCGUUCCUCCAGGGCGUGACCACGGAGAUCUCUGAGGACGCGGAUCCAGAGGAGACUGCCAUUUGCGUUGGCGUUCCAUACAACGUAGAUGAUGAGUCCAAAGUGGACGAUGCUGCUUCGGUCGAUUUCACUGCCAACGGCAAUACUGCCGUCUUCGACUGCUUCCUUCUCGCAGCCGGAGCUACAUUCUCCGUUGCGCCAGAGAACGCAACUGAAGCGAACGUUGAGAUCAUCUCCUCGAAGCCAGUUGAGUUGGAUGCCAACGGCUCCGUUACUGUUUAA